AUGGCAAGCCAAGAUGUUGCGUCGAUGGUGCAAGGGAGCGGAGCAUACGCUUCACCAUGCCAAGAGGUCAUCAUCCACAGGACCGUGCGGGAUGUUGGCGGGGCCAACUGGCCGGUCCUCACACGCACAAACUACGGCGAAUGGGCGGUGCUGAUGAAGGUCAAGUUGCGUGCGCGCAAGCUUUGGCGGGCCAUCGAGGAAGGCACCGAGGAUGAAGAAGAGGACUGCGCAGCGAUGGAAGCGAUUCUGUCCGCUGUGCCUCACGAGUACGUGGAGUCGUUGGGCGCAAAGGACUCCGCAAAGGCUGCUUGGGACGCCCUCAAGGCCAUGCGCAUCGGGUCUGAUCGCGCAAAGAAGGCAAAGGCGCAGCAGUUGCGGCGGGAGUACGAGGCGCUGGCAUUCCGCGACGGCGAGGCAGUGGAGGAUUUCUCGCUCCGUUUGCAGUCGCUCGUCAGUCAGCUGGCGGCGCACGGCGUCACCAUCACCGACGAGGAGGCGGUCGCAAAAUACUUGCGCGUCGUGCCGCCUAAGUAUGCCCAGAUAGCGCUCUCCAUCGAGACGUUGAUCGACAUGUCCACCCUCACGAUUGAGGAUGUGACUGGGCGCUUGCGGGCAGUGGAUGACCGCGUGGAGACGGCGACGAUAUCUACCAGCGGCAAGUUACUACUGACCGAGGAAGAAUGGGCAGCUCGUAUGCGCGAGCGGCGACCCGGGGAAGGCUCCUCCAGCCGUGGCGGCUACGGCAAGCGCCGUGGCAAGGCCCCGCAGAAGAAGGACGACAACAACGCGCGUCCGAUCGACAAAGACACUUGUCGACGCUGCGGGAAGACUGGGCACUGGGCCCGAGAUUGCAAGAUUCUCAAGGAGAAAAAGGAGGCGCACCUCGCGCAGGUGGACGAUGAGGAGCCAUCUCUUCUCAUGGCGAAGUUCUGCACGUCGCACGACGUCGAGCCAGAGUUAGAGAAAGUCAAGGCAGUGGCUGCGGAGCAGGGAAAGGCACUGCAGGCAGUUCACCUCGACGAGUCGAGUGCUCAAGUCCACCUUGGACGAAUGGGCGGUGGCAUGGAGCAGAGGUGGUACCUGGACUCUGGCGCUAGCAACCACAUGACCGGCUCCAAGGAGGCCUUCUCCGAGCUUGAUGACGGCGUGACGGGGACGGUGAAGUUCGGCGACGGCUCGAAGGUGGAAAUUCGAGGUCGUGGCACUGUCAUCUUCCGGUGCCAGAACGACGAGCACCGCGCAUUGACGGAUGUGUACUAUAUCCCGCAGUUGCGUUCAAGCAUCAUCAGCAUCGAGCAACUGGACGAGCACGGCUGCGAGGUGCUUGUCAAAGGCGGCGUGCUAAAGCUCCAGGACCGAGAACAGCAGCUGCUGGCUAAAGUCCAGCGUUCUCGGAACCGCCUCUACCUCCUCGACUUGAAAGUGGAGCAACCGGUGUGCUUGGCAGUACGGCACACUGAGAAGCCAUGGCUAUGGCAUGCUCGGUUCGGCCAUUUGAGCUUCGACGCACUCGGUCGACUGAGGAAGAUGGUGCGCGGGCUCCCGCACAUUGAGCACGUAGGCGAGCUGUGCGAUAGCUGCCUGGCAGGGAAGCAGAGGCGGCUGCCUUUUCCAAAGGCGGUCAAGUAUCGUGCAGCGGACGUCCUCGAGCUCGUCCACGGCGACCUUUGCGGGCCGAUCACGCCGGCUACGCAUGGCGGACGACGCUACUUCUUGCUUCUCGUGGACGACUGUAGCCGUUUCAUGUGGCUGCAACUCCUGACGAGUAAGGAUCAGGCGGCGGAGGCAAUCAAGAGGCAGCCAGACGUCUCGUUUCUGAGGACGUUCGGGUGCAUUGGCCAUGUGAAGAAGACGAAGCCCUUCCUGUCCAAGCUUGAGGAUAGGAGCACACCGAUGGUGUUCUUAGGCUACGAGGAGGGGAGCAAGGCCUAUCGGCUCUACGAUCCACGUGGAGGCAAGGUGGUGGUCUCGCGAGAUGUGGUGUUCGACGAAAUGGCAGCCUGGGAUUGGGAGAAUCCUGACACGGGGGAAGCCCGUGGCGUCGGCGGUACGUUUGUCAUCGAGCAUUUGGUGAUCCACGGAGGAGGAGAUGCGGGAUCAGAGGAGCCAGCUGCGGACGCGCCAAGUCCAGCAACUGUGGUUGCGUCAGUUGAGCCGCAAAGUCCGGCCAUGGGCACGGGCGAAGAGUCUCCACCAGCAGCUGCACACACGCCCCCACCACAGUCCCCUGCUGCGGCAGGACAGGGGACACCUCCAGUGACGACAGUUGAGUUCACCUCUCCUCCAAGCGACAUCGACGAGUAUGUGGAUGCCUUCCACGACGGUGAGGAGGUGAGGUUUCGCAGGAUGGACAACCUCGUUGGCAACUCGAUUGUACCAGGAUUGGCAAGUCGAUUACUCGACGAUCAGGAGCUGCUCUUCGUCAGCGCAGAGGAGCCAUCGACUUUCGCGCAGGCCGAGCGCGAUGUCAGUUGGAGACGAGCUAUGCUAGAGGAGAUGAAGGCGAUCGAAGAAAAUGAGACGUGGGAGCUCGUCGAUCCACCUCCAGGCUGUCAUCCAAUCGGGCUCAAAUGGGUCUACAAGGUCAAGCGGGACGAGUGUGGCGCCAUAGUCAAGCACAAGGCGCGCCUCGUUGCUCGCGGUUUCGUCCAGCGUGAGGGCAUUGACUUUGAGGAAGUUUUUGCACCAGUGGCGCGCAUGGAGUCAGUUCGCCUACUGUUGGCCAUGGCGGCAGCGAAAAACUGGCGCAUUCAUCACCUAGACGUGAAAUCGGCCUUCCUCAACGGCGAGCUAGCGGAGACUGUCUACGUCAAGCAAGCCCCGGGCUUCGUCGUUAAGGGAGAGGAGCACAAGGUGUUGCGGCUGCGGAAGGCACUCUAUGGGCUGCGUCAAGCCCCACGAGCGUGGAAUGCCAAACUCGAUGCCACCCUGGUUACGCUUGGGUUCACGCGUUGCGCGACAGAACACGCGCUCUACACGCGACGACGGGGGAAGGAAGAGCUCGUCGUCGGCGUGUAUGUGGAUGACUUCAUUAUCACCGGGGCAAGAGAAGGGGACAUCAACGGCUUCAAGCGCGAGAUGGCAGCUCGUUUCCGCAUGAGCGAUCUCGGGCAGCUCUCCUACUACCUCGGCAUCGAGGUGAAGCAGGGGAGAGACUCCAUUACUCUCUGCCAGCGUGCGUAUGCGGGGAAGCUGUUGGAGCGGAGCGGCAUGGCUGAUUGCAAGUCAUGCGCGACUCCGAUGGAGGAGCGACUGAAGCUGACGAAAGCCAGCACCGCGGCGAAGGUGGAUGCAACACUCUACCGGAGUAUCGUCGGCGGGCUGCGCUACCUAGUCCACACGAGACCAGAUAUCGCAUUCGCCGUGGGCUAUGUCAGCCGCUUCAUGGAGGACCCUCGAGAGGAUCAUUGGGUUGCAGUAAAACGGUUGUUGCGCUAUGUCAAGGGGACGGUGGAUCAGGGCAUUAUUUUUCCCAAGACCGGCGACAGAAGUGAGUUGCGACUCACGGCUUUCAGCGAUGCAGACAUGGCAGGCGACAUUGAUGGGCGGAAGAGCACCUCUGGUGUGCUCGUCUUCCUUGGAUCGGCCCCAAUCUCAUGGCAGCCGUUGAAACAGAAGAUUGUGGCGUUGUCUACGUGCGAGGCGGAGUACGUGGCGGCAGCCACAGCGGCAUGUCAGGCGGUCUGGCUGCGUCGGUUGCUGGGCGAACUGACCGGCGAGGAAGCUCAUCAAGAUUGGAAUGGUGGGAAACAAGAAAGAGCAGCAGGAUUAGGGGAAGAAUUGUAA